AUGGCUAUACAUGUCUCUCUUGCUAAAAUACUUGCCAAAAAGUACCAGUACGAAGUUGAUAUCAAUCAGGAGUUUUAUGCAAUGGGUUUCUCAUCGCUUUUGAGUGGUUUCUUCCCAGUUUUCCCCAACUCUUGCAGUCUAUCUCGAACAAUGGUUAGUGCCGGAGCUGGGACCAGAUCACAGUGCGUACUUGCUUCCAUCAUUGUCACGGCAUUGUUGGGAAUGUUCGAGAAAUUUGGGCAACUAGAAAGAUUGUGGCGACUGUCCAAAAUUGACUUUAGCAUUUGGGUGGUCGCGUUCGUCGCCACGCUCUGUAUAGAUGUAGUAGAAGGACUUGGAAUUGGGAAUUGCUAUCGUUUUCGCCCUCUUCACAACUGUCAUCAGGGAACAGUGAGUGUAUGUGUGCUGCGAUUCGAUUCACCCCUUUUGUUCACGAAUGUGGGUCGAUUCCGAAAGAUAGUGGAUAGUGUGGCCACAGACUGGGAAGGAAUCAAGUAUUGCGGGAAACUUGACAAGAAACAUUUAACCCUGGGAGAACCAAACGAGAAGGAUACCGUGAGUGAGUCUUCUGAUAACCAGAAGAAAUACCUCAUAAUAGAUUGUUCUGGAUUUGCCUACGUGGACAUCAUGGGAGUGAAUAUCCUCAAAGAGAUCCACGAAGACUUGCGUAAAAAGAACAUCUGUGUGUCCUUUGCUGCUGCCAAAGGUUGGUAUCGUUUGAUAAAUUCUGAUUUA